UAUAACUUGAGGAGGAGGAGGCAACACUAAAUUCCAUUCCAUCGCACCUGAGAAGGCUUCAUCGACACAAACCUUCACUUUGAUGAGCUAACGCGCCACAUUGCUUGUUUUUAACGCUUUUUUUAGAAAUCGUAACGAAGCCAGGAAGGUGGCUGAUUUUAGGGGCAGCAACAGGUAGAGUCGCUCCUACACAUUCCUUGCAACAACGACGCGUUAGUUCUAAGGAGGACUACGGAAGUUACCUGCCUGAUCAAAGCAACUCGUAGCAGGCCCCAAGAGGACGUGAGAUCGUCGCUAGGGAGGUGGCAGGGACUUUUUUUACGUUUUGUAUUUUUCAUUUUUUGUUUUAAAUCUUAACUGUUAUCCACUGCGUGCUGAUCAUGUCUCGUCACAAGAGACAGCCCAGCAUUGAGCUACUGGAAUUAAUGGGAGUAGUUAGAGAGAAUGGCAAUGAACAGAUGUCACUUCCUCCUGUGAAACAGAAUACGCCGCUCUCGUACGACUACGUCCUGGUGGCAAAAACGAGGGAGCACCUUGACCGAGAGGCCAUCAAGAAACAAAACGAAUUUAUUGAAGAACUGAAAAAGAAGAAUUUUAAAGUCACGAAAAUCAUAGAUGAUGACCUGAUCUUCUUUGGCAUGCAAGCUCCGAAAGAGAUUUUUGAGAAGUACAGAUAUCUGCUGAAAGUUUCUGAUGCCUGCAAUUGGAGCUCAGACCAGAACCACGUGCCUCUCAGCACCAGGAUAAGGGUUGUAGACUUCAUCUUGAAUCACACCCCCAUUAAUUCAGGAGAGGGUCUACGAGACCUCAUGAAGAUGAAGGUUUUUGAGGCAAGGUUCUGUCUACAUGAGAAAAAGAAACAGCGAGAGCUGACAGAUAGCUGGGCUCGAUGGACUGCUUGUUUCCAAGGGCAACCCAUAACUGCCGUCAGAAACUACUUUGGGGAGAAGGUGGCCUUGUACUACCUGUGGCUGGGCUGGUACACAUACCUGCUCAUCCCUCCCGCUCUCAUCGGGGUCAUUGUCUUCCUGUAUGGCCUCGCCUUCUUCAACACGUCGCCCCUCAUUAAGGAGGUCUGUGAAGCCGACACAGUCAUGUGCCCGCUUUGUGACAAGAGAUGCAAAGUGUGGCUGCUCUCAGACACGUGCACCUACGCCAAGGUGAGCCUACUGUUUGAUAAUAAUGGCACCGUUCUCUUUGCCAUGUUCAUGGCAGUGUGGGCCACACUGUUUUUGGAGUUCUGGAAACGACAUCGAACAUCCUAUGUGUGUGAAUGGAAGGUGUCUGAUUGGUGUGAGGAAGAGGAGGAACUAAUUUUGGAGAUUGUCAACAACGUUAACUGUGAACCCAAAAAGUACAAGCACUCCUAUCUGCGCAGCACACUUGUUUUGAUCUGUGUCACAAUCAUGAUACUGGUGAUCAUCGGUCUGACACACGCGCUGGUGGUGUUCAGGGUGAUUGCAGCAGUACUACUGGCUGAGGGAUCAUGGGAGUUCCUGAGUACGCAUUCCAACAGUGGAGCCAUGAUGCUGGGUGCUGUCCUCCAUUACCUGAUCAUCACUGUCAUGACACGGGUCAACAGGAUCGUGGCCAUGAAACUCUGCGAAAUAGAGAAAACCAGAUCAUUCGCUGCAACGGAGAAGAGCUUCACAGUCAAGAUGUUCACCUUUCAGUUCUUCACCUAUUUUUCCUCACUCUUCUACGUAGCCUUCUUUCUCGGCAGGAUAAAUGGUCAUCCUGGUGGUUAUGUGCGCAUUGCAAGUAAAUGGAGGUUAGAAGAGUGUCACCCCAGCGGAUGUCUCACAGACCUCUUUAUUCAAAUGGCGAUCAUAAUGGUGCUCAAGCAAACCAUCAGCAAUGUAUUUGAGUUCACCGGCCCGUGGUUUGGCAAGUGGUUGAAAAGGAAAAGAACUCACAAGCUUCGUAGGAAAUGUGCCUACUGCUACCUAAAAGACGACUCUACACACGGAGAACUGUGCGAGAACUGCAAGCUGCGAGAUUGGCUCAGUAACUACCGCCUCAAUAACGUGGACUCUUUCAGCCUCUUCAAAGAGUUCCUGGAGAUGGUAAUCCAGUUCAGCUUCACCACCAUAUUUGUGGCAGCGUUUCCACUUGCUCCUCUGCUGGCCCUCAUCAAUAACGUCAUUGAGAUUCGCUUGGAUGCUAUUAAGAUGGUCACGCUGGAACGCAGACUGAUUCCCAAGAAGACAAAUGAUAUUGGUGUGUGGAUCAAUUUGCUGGAGGCUAUCGGAGUCUUAGCCGUCAUUGCAAACGGGCUGGUCAUCGGUGUUUCUUCAGACUUUAUCCCCCGAUUGGUAUAUCGUUACCUCUACGGCCCGUGUUCCAACGGCACAACUACAGAUAUCGAUUGCAUGGUCGGCUACAUAAACAACUCUCUAUCCGUUGCAACCAUGGAUAAACCAGAAAUACGCCGGGAGUUUUCACCUCAUCAGAUGGUCACUCCUACUGGAUUGAAUGUCUCUUCUUGCAGCUACAAAGACUACAGGGAUAACGUGGACUACAGCCUUACGCCGCAAUUCUGGCUUAUUUUAGCUGUGCGCUUUGCAUUUGUUAUCCUGUUUGAGCACAUUGUGGUCAUAUGCAAAUUUAUCGCAGCCUGGUUUGUCCCAGCCGCCCCCAUGGGGGUAAAAAAUGACAGACUCUUUGAUAAGCUCAAAAGGCUAAAAGAAGAACUCAGAUCAUUUGAUGAGAGCCAGCGCUGACACUUGAAUGGAGUCAAUUUUCCCAGAAUGGAAUGUGAACCCAGUGUUGCCUUGCGCAUUCAAGUGUCCCAUCGAUCACAGUGUUGAGUCCACUUCCAAGCCAUCAAUCACCUUGAAGUGCUCAGAUAGAGGCCUCCGACUCUUUCACUUUUACUAUUGUGAAUACAGUCAUAUGAAUAUAUAUGAAUAAUGUAUUCUUCGACUAAACAAGUGUGCAAGCAUUCAUAUGUUGUUGUCUUUCAUGAGAUUAUUUGUGUUCUAUUCUAAGAAUGCACUCCGUUUUCUGAUUGAUCUCAAUAUUUGUAACUUUUGUCGUUCUAGCCUUAUGGUAAUUUAUACAGCUGGUGCACAUUUGCUACUGAUUGUUUUACAAUGUUGCCUUAUUUUGUGAAAAGUGGUUAUCGCCAUUACUGCAGCAAGACUGACAGAAGGCAGACAAGUUUUGCAAUGUGAUGUUUUAUAUUGAUAAAGAGAGAAAUGUCUUUA